CACAGAAGAAAAGUCUGAGAAACUUUUAAAACAAUAUGCGAAGGACCGUAUAUUUCGUUAUUUUGAAGACUGAUUUCACAGCCCGUUUGAAUUAGGAAUCGACUCUUUUCGACCACCGAUUCAGCAGGAACAAUCAAGAUGGCGAACAUGGACGCAUUUGCCAAAACAAUAGCAAAGGAUUGUGCGGGUGAUGUGGAGAGCUCUGAUAGUUUGGAUGAGAGUGAAGUUGUUCCUGGUGAAGGUGCUGGGAAAACAGAAAACAUGGGCUUUGCCAGUGAAGAAAGACACAAGAGAAGAAAACACAAACAUCGAAGCAAACACCGAAAACAUAAAUAUCCCACACCAGAUGACAGGGACCACAAAUACAAGCACAAACACAAACAUAAGCGCAAACACAGAGACUCAUCCAGAGGCGAUAGAGACUAUUCUACAGGCUGUGAUGGUGCAAUCAUCUCUCCAAAGAGAUCCAGGCUUGAUGAUCUGGUUGCUCUAGAGGAGCUAGAGAAACAGAGGGCCAUGAUUCAAGCAGAGCUUGAUAACGAGCUAAUGGAAGGGGCUGUGCAAUCAGGCAUGGGACUGAUAUUACAAGGUUAUAACACAGACUCAGAGGAGGAUAGUGAGAUCCAGGAGGCUGUAGGAAAUGGUGAGCAAUGGAGAUGGGAUCUCAAUGAACAUGUAAUUUCUAAUGACCAUGGAGACCAUCAGACAACAAUGGAUAUUGGAAGAUCUCGACAAGAUCACACACAUGAUGAAAAACUUGUUUCUUGGCAGGAAGGCAGAAGCACAUCUGAUGAGAUGGUAGUCCGACAGCAUAAGUCAGAAAAAAGAAUAAGUAAUUCUAUGCUAGAUGUUAGCGGUCCCAGCCAUGCGAGGGAGAGGAGACGAUCCCGGAGCAUAGAGAGGUCCAAAAAAGCAGAUCAGAGGUCCAAAUCUCCUGUGAUGUCCAGGGGACGGUUAUCCGGUGACAUAAAGAUGGAGCGAAAGACAACCAAUGCUGAAAGACCCACACAGCCUGAUCAGCAAAAUGUAGAACACAGAAAUGCCAGAUCUUCAGAGAGAAGGAGCAAGUCUAGAUCUAAAGAAAGAUAUACCAACUUGCCAGAAGUUGACAGAGACAGGGAGAGAGAAAGAAAAUCGGUCAAGACACCUUCAGAAGAAGCCUCGUCUGGAAAAGAGAAUAGAUCUCCUUGCAGAAAACAAGAUACAGGUCCAAAACAGCAGAGCCCCACUGUGCAGGCCAGGGCCCACCGCUCCCCUGAACACUUCCCAGUUACCCAGAGCACAGACAGAGGAUCCAGACAGGACAGAUCUUCAUAUCACAACAGAUCCCCUCCUAGGAGAGGCAGAUCUCGGUCUACUGAAAGGAGACGAAGAGAAGAAGACCGUCAGAGACUUUCUAAUGACAGGAUGCGAUCCCGUGAUGUGGCAUGGGGCCGUAGAGAGUUGAGCCCAUCUCUGAGGUCCAGACAGAGGUUAAACCACUCCCCUCUCAGACGGACGUCCCAUUCUCCUAGGAGACGUAGUAGCAGGUCCCCUCUUAGACACAGAUCUAGAGAGUGGGACAGGACAGAUCGCAGACAGCAGUUGCAUUCUGAAUCUCAGAAAAGGUGGAAGAGAAGAAGCAGGGAAAGGGAGGACUUGUUUAAAGGCAGUCUGUCUGAAGGCAUGAAGGUUGAGCAGGAAGACUCAGAUGAUGAAGUGCUGGAGGACUAUGAAAUUGAUGAAGAGGAUGAGGAGGCUUUGAUAGAGCAGAGGAGACUUCAGCGCUUGGCUAUUAUACAGAAAUAUAAGUCUGUGAAUGAGGACAGUAACAUGUCAGGACUUUCAGAGCAUGGUAGUCCUCAGAGCAGCAGUCACAGCCGAUCACCAUCCCCUGAUGACAUCCUUGAGCGUGUGGCCGCUGAUGUCAAAGCCUAUGAACAAGAGAACCUGAACACGUUUGAGGACAAUGUGAAGGCCAAGCAUAAUCUUGUCUCAGAAGAAAAGGAUGGUGCUAAUCUGAAAAAGCCACAAGCCCCUGAUAUGUUCACAGAGUCAGAUGACAUGUUUGCUGCUUACUUUGACAGUGCCCGGUUACGGGCAGCUGGCAUCGGGAAGGACUUUAAGGAGAACCCAAGUCUUAGAGAUAACUGGACAGAUGCAGAGGGCUAUUACCGUGUGAACAUUGGCGAGGUGUUGGACAAACGGUACGGGGUUUACGGCUACACGGGACAGGGUGUCUUUAGUAACGUGAUCCGAGCCAGAGACUUGGCCCGAGCCAAUCAGGAGGUGGCAGUGAAAAUAAUACGCAACAAUGAGAUGAUGCAGAAGACAGGCCUCAAAGAGCUGGAGUUUCUUAAGAAACUAAAUGAUGCUGAUGCAGAUGAUAAGUUCCAUUGUUUGCGGCUGUUUAGACACUUUUACCACAAGCAGCAUCUGUGUCUAGUAUUCGAACCACUCAGCAUGAACCUCCGAGAGGUGUUGAGGAAGUAUGGCAAGGAUGUGGGGCUACACAUCAAGGCUGUGCGCUCGUACAGCCAGCAGCUUUUCUUGGCCCUCAAACUUCUCAAGCGAUGCAACAUCCUGCAUGCUGAUAUCAAACCUGACAACAUCCUGGUGAAUGAAUCUAAGACCAUUCUCAAAUUGUGCGACUUUGGCUCAGCGUCACAUGUGGCUGAUAACGACAUUACACCGUAUCUGGUCAGCCGCUUCUACAGAGCACCUGAGAUCAUCAUUGGAAAGUCAUAUGAUUACGGAAUCGAUAUGUGGUCUGUAGGCUGCACUCUCUAUGAGCUGUACACAGGAAAAAUCCUUUUCCCUGGAAAGACCAAUAACCACAUGCUAAAACUAGCCAUGGACCUGAAAGGAAAAAUGCCUAAUAAAGUGAUCAGGAAAGGUCUAUUCAAGGACCAGCACUUUGACCAAAACUUGAACUUUUUGUACACAGAGGUUGAUAAGGUCACAGAGAGGGAAAAGGUCACAGUCAUGAGCACCAUUAACCAGACUAAGGACCUGUUGAUGGACAUGGUGGGUCGCCAGGCACUACCAGAGGACCAGCGAAAGAAGGUGGUUCAGCUCAAAGAUCUGUUGGACCAGAUCUUGAUGCUGGACCCAGCCAAGCGGAUCACCAUCAACCAGGCAUUACAGCAUCCUUUCAUCCAAGAGAGAAUAUGACCAUAUCAGCACACCUCAGAGACUCUGCCAGCUAAUGAUGGUUUUGUAUCUGCCAAUAUGACUCAGAUGGCAAAAGACCUUUGAAUAUUUUAUUGGCAUUUUGAAAAACGAUGCUAUUUUAUUUUAUUUGUUCAGAUUUGUAGUACUUUUCGAAGCAGGACACGCUCAAGUUUUACACCCUAUAAACUGUAAAAAGAAAAUUCUAUCAAGAUAUUCUAUAUUCAGAUUGCAUGCUUUAUCUACCAAGCUACUUGUAAGUCAACAGCAGUUAAAAUUAUAUUAAUAUCAAAUAUAUUUUAUAUUAUGUUUAUUGUUCAGAAUGUAAGGAUGUCUGUCUUUGUGCUAAGAUCACACAUUUGUUAUUUGAUAUUUGAUGUAAGCCAAAUAUUACUCAACCACUCAAGGACUAGUUAUAGCGUGGCAUGAAACAGACCAGCAUAAAUGCUGUCUAUAUCCACCCUCCCUUAGGUGUGAGAGUGAGAACGCAACCUGGCGUGCAGGCCCUCGGCAUGCCCUUGUCCUAGGUGUGUUUCUGCUGAAUCUGAGGUCUUGGGUCCUGCUUGACCUCAUCUGCAGGGAAAAGCCUCCUCUGUAAAGGCAGGUUGUGCAUCUGUAUCAGUACACUGAAGGUAAGCUUACCCAUCCAUAAGAAACGGGAUUGUCCUUAUGCAUAAUGUCCUAUUGGCUUCUCCUGCAUGUUUACAAAGUGUAAAUUAGAUAAAUGGACAUUGAUUGAGACCCUUUGUCACUCGAUGUGCUGGUGUUUCUCACAGAGCCAAAUCGGUCAGUCUGAAUGAAAAGCACUGGCUGAUACGUUCACAAAAAUGGAAGGAAUCCCUUGAGCAAACCGGUUAUGUUUAACAUUGAGGGUAAGGGUGAAGGGGAACCCAAAUAUUUGUAAUGGACCAAGCACCUUCAGUGUACUGCCUAUGAUAGACAUAAUGCAAAUUUGUUCAGAGUUGUGUUUACAAUCAGCACACUUACUUGUCAUAGUUACUUUGUAGAAGUGUGUGCUUUUUGAAACUGCAUGUGAAUAUAUCAUAUGUAUUGCUUUAAAUGAACUACUGUAUAGUGUGUUUCGCUAUGAAUAGCCAAUUUUGAUAUCUGUGAUUCUUCUCAUGUUUAUGAUUAUGUUGUCUUUUGAUACAGGGGUAUUCCUGCUCUGAUCUAUGAAUCUGCUUGUUACAAGCGGUAAUUGCUUCUUUACUUCAUACCUUAAUUCUUUUAUGUUCCAAAAAGAUAAACAAGUCAAACAAAACAUAGCACAUGUGUGAAGAAUUCUCUCUGUGAUCUUUACAAAGAAGUCCGUCCUGCAUGAUAAUGGAAUCAUUUGUAUUUAUUGUAAAUUCAUAUUAUUUGUUUUAGAAAAAAUAUAUACAAUAAAGAUGUUUUGUGGUUGGAAAAAAAAAUCCAGAAAACAUGAUUUUAGACCUCUUCCUGCUCUUACAAGUGGUCUUCCUUUCAUAAAUUCCAUGUCAGUUCAUCAUAGCUGUAAUAAUGUUAGAACUUAUAAUUCAGUGUCUUAUAAAAAGAAACAUAUGGUCUGUUUUCUUUCACCAACACUAACUGCUGUUUGUGCUGUUUCUCCCACUGUUCUUUGUGUUCGAGUAUAUUCUCCGGACAAUGGAGACUUUUGCCUGCCUGCCUCAGCUUUCAAAGGGACAAGACCUCUUCAAGGCCCUUUAUCCAGGUCACUUCUAAAGGCAUGUUAAGAUCAACACAAAGCAAUGCUCUGAUUAAGAACUUAACAGCCAGUUGAGAGGACUGAUGCUUAUGUGCGUCGUCCUGUGUGAACAGCCCCUUACAUUUGAACAUUACAACGAAGAGUUCAGGUGGAAGAUACAUUUUCUGGCAAAGGUUAUUAUUAAAAUAACAUAUUUUUUAUGAUUUUAGUUUUGAAUAGUUCUACCUGCCAGUGUCAGCCCAAGUUGUCUCAAAUAUGGUCACAGAAUAACUUGCCAACAUACACCUUCGCAUGGACUCUGUUUUAUCUAUCCAGAUGUACUGCAGAAGUUAAUUUUUAGACAGCUGCAUACUUUAUAUCACACAUUAAAUAAUCACCAUGUACAUCAGCUGAUGAGUGUGCAUUUCCACAGGAUGGUUCAAGAACGUGUGCUUUCUGGAAUGUACCAAGAUACUGGUAUAUUUAUUCUUUGUAUUUUAGGUGCUGUCAGUUUAGAGAAGACUCUUAAAGGGAAUCGCAUCUGGAAAAAGGUUUCUGUUUUAGAGAGUGCUCUUAAAGAGAAUUCUGUUUUGAUUCUAAGAUGACACUAGUUUUUAAAGUAGUUUCUCCUUUAGCCUAUGUACAAUUUGACAAAGUUAGAGACUCUGCUAUUGUUUUCCACUUUGAGGCAUAUUAUGAUCUUAAGAGGCACUUUUGAGUAAAUUAAGCAAAUCAAAAUGUAAGAUAUUUAUGCUGUAUUACCUUAUGCAUAUACCUGAUGUAUAUAUCCUAAAUUUGCAAUUAUAAGUUAUGAAUGUGCCGUAGUAAAAUCGCUUUAUUAAUUAAUGGUUAAACAUUCUUACAAAAAAUUUACGUAUGCCAAAUUUAUGAAUGAAAAGGUAAUACUUUUCCUUUUGUUUUUGAGAAAUAUGUUUGCAUUGUCACCCACAAGUGUUUAACACAAUCUAACCAUUUAAAUUCUAUUUCAGGGUAAGUCUAAAAAUUCUUCCGUACUCAUGUGACAGCAAGUGUGAGAGAUAUCCUGACUGCCAGCUGCUGUCCUACUCUAUUAUUGAAGUGCCUUUCAAGAGCUCAUCUCAUCUAUUCAUGGGCGAAAUUACCUACAACAACCAUGCACAGCAUAACAAUACGUUUAUUUUGUGUGAAAUUAAAUUCCAAUAUUGUUCAUUUUUAAUAAAUGCUAAAUUUUAAAAUGG